CUGGUGUAUAAAUAACUGUUAGAUUCAGCUUAGUCUACAGAUGCUUUACCUACAUCAACAUCACAUCAACAUCAACAGUAACUUCAUUAUUUUGAGUGUGAAGGAGGAUGAGACAGGACAUGUUCUUCCUUUUGCUGACUCUCCUAGUAACACCAUCUGGUGCCAUUGUUCCAAAGCUGGGGUGAUUUCCUCCAUUCCAGCAGGUAGAUCUCUCACUCUGAGUUGGAACAAAGGUAUUGAAGGACGUUAUGUGGCUGUGGUUCUACCAAAGACAAGCACUCUAGUACUCUGCGAAGUGGAGGUUUAUGGGUACCUCGCCCCAACUGGAAAGAAUGUGGCUCUACGGGGAAAAGCCACCCAGUCGUCAUUGCAUGGGUUUGGGUUUGCUUACAAUGCCAUUGAUGGGAACCGUGACAGUGCUAUGGAACAUGGCUCCUGCACUCACACUUCUGGUGACCUCAACCCCUGGUGGCGAUUGGACCUGCUUAAUAUCUACAAAGUGUUCUCCAUCACCAUCACCAACAGAAAGAAUCUUUCUUAUUCCAGCAGACUGAAUGGUGCUGAGAUCCGUAUCGGAGACUCCUUAGAAGACAACAAUGGCAACAACAAUCCCAGGUGUGCUGUGAUCUCCUCUAUUCCAGCGGGUUUUUCCAGCACCUUCCAGUGUAAUGGAAUGGAGGGUCGAUAUGUCAACGUGGUCAUUCCAGGAAGGAAGGAGUACCUGACCCUGUGUGAGGUGGAGGUCUAUGGGUCACCACUGGACUGACAGAUCCAGAGCACCUAUUACCAAUCAUGUAAUCUAGAACACAGGACACACUGUUUUGUGGGCUUAAUAUACUUAGAUAUCUUAUAUGUAGGUAACAUUCUCUCUAUAAGGAAAAGCCAUGUUUAAAUUCAUUAACAGUUUAGCUUUUUAAUUUCACAUGGUAAAUAUGGUUAUAUUGAGUACAUUCACUUAGAUCUGUUUUAUUGAAACUGUACAUACUGUAACGGCUCCUAACAUUGUACCGUAUUGUGUGUUAAUGUAUUUGGAGAAGAUAAAGUGUAACACAACA